AUGGGGGAUCACGAUAGCCUUUAUGUCAUUGAAUCUAUUGUAGAUAAGAAAUUUUCAACCGCGCUUAAUUCCUGGCGCUACCAAAUCAAAUGAAAAGGAUUUUCCUCUGCCGAUAACACCUGAGAACCUGAAGAAACAGUUAAGUCUGUCCCUGAUCUUCUUGAGCAAUUUAAUGAAAAGCAAGAAAGGAAGCAAUUGCUAAGGCGAGAACAGUGCAAGAGAAGAAAUGCUAGACUGAGAGAAAGGCGCCGACUUGAAAGAGAGCAAAAGCUUGCAGAGCAAGGAAAACUCUAUGGAGAUGAUGCAAACAAAAAGCUAAAACUUGACGAUUUAUUACCAAAUGAUACAUUAGAAAUCCAAAGCCCUCCAGAGAAAAAACCUACAGGAUCAUCACAAUGUCAAGAAGUUAAUGAAAUUUUAAAUAAAGUAAGAGAGGAAAAAAGAAUUACAAUGGCUUCGUCUUUUCCUCAAAAAAAGUCUAUACAAAGUUAUGAACCAAAAAUACCAGUAACUAAUAAUAAUUCAAGAUUUAAGGCAGAAAUUCCAAGAAAAUCGGAAACAGCUUAUAGAGAAAUUAGUGAAGAAGAUGCAAAACAAGCCAGUAGUGAAGGGUUAGAAGAUGCAGAAAAUGAAGAAGAAAUUUCAUAUAGAAAUUCUCAGGAUAGUGUAGAGGAAAGCAAUAUAGAAGAAGAGUCAGAAACUUCGAGUAGAGUUUCUAAUAAGUCUAAGGAUGAAGCAAAUAAGGGAAACUGACAAGAUUUGCAGCCUGCUAGAAUUUUGGGGUGUAGGAAGCUAUCAGGAGAUAUUUAUUAUGCAGUGAUGUUUAAAAUCAAAAAAGAUGGCACUAUUCCGCCAAUAUCUAUUGUGUCACAUAAAGAUAUGAAAUUGAAUGCCCCCAAGAUGCUCGAUAAAUUUUUGUUAGAAAAUAUGAUAAUUUGCUAA